AUGCAUGCUUUUCUUGCGGUAAGCAAAGGUUCUGAUCGUCCAGGGCGUGUGAUUACGCUUGAAUAUAAAGCCAAUCCUGAUCAAGCACCGAUCGUGCUCGUGGGUAAAGCAUCUGUACUGGGUACGAUUCGUGCACUUUGUGAAGCGAAACUCCCGAUUCAUGUUGUCGGUGCAAUUGCCGCCGCUGAAAACAUGCCUUCUGGUCAUGCAACUCGCCCUGGUGAUAUUGUAACCACCAUGAGUGGGCAAACGGUUGAAAUCCUGAAUACCGAUGCCGAAGGUCGUUUAGUUCAGUGGUUUCUGGUUUAUUUACACCAGAUGAUGAACUUGCAGAAGAAAUUACAGCAGCAGGACACACUGCAUUUGACCGUGUAUGGCGUAUGCCCGUAUAUGACGAUUAUCAAGAACAACUUGAUUCGCCAUUUGCCGAUAUUGCCAAUAUUGGGGGUCCAAAAGCUGGCGCAGUUACAGCGGCCUGUUUCUUACAACGCUUUACCCGUGACUAUCGUUGGGCACACUUAG